CGAACAGCUUACCAUGCUCCCACCCGCGGCCGAGAGAAAAAGAUCGCCGUUGAAGGUACCGCACUUGUUGCCUAUCUAGCCGCCUUACCGCGGCUCUACUCCGCUUUGAUCCGCUUCAAUUCUUGCGAUCGGUGCAUUUAAGUGUAUCAGAGGCGAGGCGGUCUAAUGUUCGUCAGAGCAAGUCCGUUGCUUCUCAGCGAUCUCAUCAUGGAGAGCGACGCCAGCACCAUCUCCUGCGCAGCCAAGGUCAAGGAUGCUGUUGACAUUGAUGUUAAGAAUGUCAACACUUUAUCGGCCAUUCCAGAAUCCGAGAGGGAGGCUGCCAUUGACACGGUAGCUGCUGCUGAACAGUAUACUGAAGAAGAAUACAAGAGCCUUGUCCGAAAGAUAGACUUGGUUCUCCUGCCACUAAUGUGGGUCUUGUAUGGGCUCCAGCAAGCUGACAAAACCGGCAUUUCCACGCAAGCAACGUUCAAUAUGUGGUCAGACCUCGGCAUGAAAGGCCAAGACUAUGCUCUACUUACCACCAUUUUCUACGUAUCAUACCUUGUCUUCGAGACCCCUGGAAACUACAUCAUGCAACGUAUCAACAUUGGUAAAAUGCUAGGUGUAUUCAUGUUCUUCUGGGGCAUUGUAGUCCUUUGUACCGGAUUUGUCACGACGUGGGCAGAGAUGAUGGUGUUGAGAGCUAUCCAAGGUGCUCUAGAAAGUGUCAUAUCACCCGCCUUUCUCCUUCUGAUUGGUGCAUGGUAUCGGACCAAUGAGCACACCCUGCGCAGUAUCGUCUGGGGAACGGCAAAUGCAGGUUUCGGUAUCAUUAGCAGUCUAUGCAUGUAUGGCAUUGGAGAAGCUGCUCUGAAGCAUCCAAAUGGCAUAGACGCUUGGCGAGGCAUUAGCUAUUUCCUGGGAGGUUUUACUAUUAUUAUGUCAUUCUUCACGUUCGCCAUCCUUGGCACUCCCCGUGAAGUAUGGUGGUUAUCUAAAGCAGAGAAACGCAUGGCAGCUGCUCGCAUUGUGGGAAACCAGACCGGCUCCGACCGUAUGAAACGUGGAGAAUGGAAAUGGCACCAAGUAGCGGUCGCAUUCCAAGACCCUCAGACAUAUUUCUUCUUUUUUACCACAAUCGUCAAUUCAAUACCAAACGGCGGUACAACAUCUUUCGGCUCACUCGUCUACGUCUCUUUCGGGUUUACGAACUUGGAGACUAUAUUGAAAGGCACCGUUCCUCGGAACGCGUUCUCGAUCGUCUGGUUUCUUUCUAUAGGCCUCUUUACGAGAAGAUAUCCCAAAACGCGGUUUUUGUGCAUGUUCAUUGCUGUUGUCCCGGCAUUCGUUGGAAUGCUCGCGACAGCAUUGCAGCCGGGCGAUGACGCACAUUUGUGGUCAAGGUGGGGAACGUAUUUCAUGACAGUAACAGGAGAUAUUGCUGGAUUGAUGAUAUGGACAUUCAUUCCGAGCAACGUUGCUGGGAGAACGAAGAAAUCUGUCACCUCUGUUAUUCUCUUCGUGGCAUACUGUGUCGGAAACUCCGUUGGAAGUCAAGUCUUCCAGUCGAAGUGGUCGCCUCGAUAUGUACCUGCUAUCCUCAUUUCUGCGAUUUUUUAUGGUUUGGAGAUGAUCUUGUUCCUUUCGUGGCGUUUCUACUACAUUUACGUGAAUCAUCAACGCGAUAAGGCUGCUUUUGCCAAGGGAUUAUCCGUCGAGGAACGGGAGCAUUUAGGACGGUUGGCGGCAGAAGCAGACGUGACAGAUUUUGAGAACGAACAUUUCCGAUACGAUUAUUAAAGCCCUGAGGCAUCGACCUGGCAUUGGCAUCGCAUAUAUCAUUUAUUCAUCAUGUUCAAGAUCCCAUAAUAUGAAUGUACGACUUUUUACAUAUUCGUGUACAUGCUGUUACGAUAGUUCGUAUAUUCUGGUCACAGUAAAGUUAUACGGGAACAAAUCAAAAAAAUGAAGAAGCUCGAGGACAUGCUAAGUGUCCUGUGAUAUUUUAUACCUGUGGAAUUCCUCUAGUGACGU